AGAGACACGAGACAACCCGGACAACAAGAUGCUCGGGACUGCUGCUCCAUUGCUGCUUCUUUUGUCAGGUAUGUGUGCAGGCGAGGGCAUCUUACCCCCGGGGCCCCUGAGUGGAGCCGCUGCCGGCACUGUGACGUUCUCCACGACCCUCACCGCUCCAGAGAGCCCCUUCCUCUCCGUCAGCUGGAGCUUCAAAGGGGUGAACAUCAUCACCUCCACCAGCACCAACAUCACAGAGCCGGGCUACAGCAGCAGGAUCUCCCUGGACCGAGCCACCGGGGCCCUGGAGCUGCGGGGCCUGCUGCUGGAGGACAGCGGGGAGUACACCGUGACCAUCAUCCCCGACGCAGGGCUGCAGAGGCAGGGGGAGACCACGCUCAACGUGUAUGCUCUGAUCACCGGAGCCUCCAUCAGCAGCCCGCCAGGCGUCCUGAUCGAGGACCGCAGCUUCACUAACCUCAGCUGCGAUGCGUCCGGCUCCAUCAGCAGCAGAGAGUGGCUGAAGGACGGUCAGAUGCUGCAGCCGGGGGACAGAGUCAGCUUCUCCAACUCCAAGAGGACGGUGUUCAUUCACCCGGUGCACAGCUCACACCACGGCAGCUUCCAGUGCCGAGUCAGCAACCCCGUCAGCAGCAUGACGGUGGAGCACCGACUCACCGUCAACUAUGGACCCCAUAACGUAUCAAUAACAGGACCCUCAGCAGCAGCUCCGGGUCAGAGAGUUACCCUUCAGUGUGAAGCAGACUCCGUCCCUCCUGCGACCUUCAGCUGGAGGUUCAACGGCAACGAGACGCAGGUGAACACGUCCACCUUCACCAUCGAGAGGCUGCAGGUGGAGAACUUAGGGAACUACAGCUGCACCGCCUCCAAUAUGGUGACCAUGCUGCAGAACUCCACAGUCCAGCAUCUCAGAGGUAUGUGUGCAGGCGAGGGCAUCUUACCCCCGGGGCCCCUGAGUGGAGCUGCUGCCGGCACUGUGACGUUCUCCACGACCCUCACCGCUCCAGAGAGCCCCUUCCUCUCCGUCAGCUGGAGCUUCAAAGGGGUGAACAUCAUCACCUCCACCAGCACCAACAUCACAGAGCCGGGCUACAGCAGCAGGAUCUCCCUGGACCGAGCCACCGGGGCCCUGGAGCUGCGGGGCCUGCUGCUGGAGGACAGCGGGGAGUACACCGUAACCAUCAUCCCCGACGCAGGGCUGCAGAGGCAGGGGGAGACCACGCUCAACGUGUAUGCUCUGAUCACCGGAGCCUCCAUCAGCAGCCCGCCAGGCGUCCUGAUCGAGGACCGCAGCUUCACUAACCUCAGCUGCGAUGCGUCCGGCUCCAUCAGCAGCAGAGAGUGGCUGAAGGACGGUCAGAUGCUGCAGCCGGGGGACAGAGUCAGCUUCUCCAACUCCAAGAGGACGGUGUUCAUUCACCCGGUGCACAGCUCACACCACGGCAGCUUCCAGUGCCGAGUCAGCAACCCCGUCAGCAGCAUGACGGUGGAGCACCGACUCACCGUCAACUAUGGACCCCAUAACGUAUCAAUAACAGGACCCUCAGCAGCAGCUCCGGGUCAGAGAGUUACCCUUCAGUGUGAAGCAGACUCCGUCCCUCCUGCGACCUUCAGCUGGAGGUUCAACGGCAACGAGACGCAGGUGAACACGUCCACCUACACCAUCGAGAGGCUGCAGGUGGAGAACUUAGGGAACUACAGCUGCACCGCCUCCAAUAUGGUGACCAUGCUGCAGAACUCCACAGUCCUGCAUCUCAGAGCAUCCUGCACUGCUCCCUGCUGGUCGUUUUUACUGCUGCUGAUCAGUGCACUGUCUCUGAGAGAGUUACUGUAACAGGAGCAGAUUCUGACUUCACUCAUGCAAUUUACUAUAACUGAAUGAAUAAGUUAAAAUGUGGUGUACUGGAUACAUUACAUUACAUGUCACUUGUUAGACGCUUUUAUCCAAAGCGACUUACAUACUCAAUACUGUGGGCAAUCCCCACAGGAGCAAUUUGGGGUGAAGUGUCUCAGGGACACAACGACAUGCUGACUGCAGUGGGGUUUGAACCUGUGACCCCCUGACCCCAACAACGCACAACCCACACGCCUCCUUGGCGGAUACUAAUAUGUAAUGUUGUUUUGUCUCGAGAGUGUAAUGCGCCAGCUUGGCCUCCCUGACAGAGAUUUUAAUUAAAUUGACUUUUUGAAAUAUAAAAGAAUAAAAUGUUCAUGAUCUUCUGGUUCAACAAAUCAUAGCACCACGAUAACUUGACCUGCAGAAAUAAUCAAUGGUUACUGUUGUUAAUUGACAAAGAUAUUUAUGUCAAAAUAUAAACUUAAUUACUUUACUUUAUAUAAAGGCAAGUAGGAUUCAUUUUUGAACAAGAUAAGCCUUUAUUUCUUAUUGUUAUACAAGCCUGAUCAUGAGAAACCUUUAAAGGUGGGGUAUGUAAUUUAUUUCAGAAACACUUUUUGUUAUAUUCCAUGGAAUGCUCUUAACAUCCCGAUACAAUGACUAUAUUAAAUGCUUUGACAAU